CUCCACUUCUUCUACUACUCUCUGCUCUGCCUCUUCCUCUGCUUUCACUGGUCUGAGAUGAGUUUGAGCGCUGAGAUGGGGGAGGCCAUCGAGCUACGCAACAGGGAGCCCCAGACCCCGGAGAUGAAUAAGCUACGUCAGAGCCUGCGCAGGAAGAAGCCCACCUACGUGCCYGAGGCCAGCAGACCCCACCAGUGGCAGGCCGACGAGGAGGCCGUACGCAAGGGCAAAUGCAACUUCCCCGUAAGGUACCUGGGUCUGGUGGAGGUGGAGGAAUCCAGAGGGAUGCAUGUGUGCGAGGAGGCUGUGAAAAAGCUCAAAAUUAGUGGGAAGAAGACAGUGAAAGCAGUUCUGUGGGUGUCCGCAGACGGUCUUAGAGUGGUGGAUGACAAAACCAAGGACCUCAUCGUAGACCAGACCAUUGAGAAGGUGUCCUUCUGCGCGCCCGACCGCAAUUAUGACAAGGCUUUCUCCUACAUCUGCCGUGACGGCACCACACGCCGCUGGAUCUGCCACUGCUUCAUGGCCCUGAAGGACUCGGGCGAGCGUAUGAGCCACGCCGUGGGCUGUGCCUUCGCCGCCUGUCUGGAGAGGAAGCAGCGGCGCGAGAAGGAGUGCGGCGUCACAGCCUCGUUCGACGCCAGCCGCACCUCCUUUGUGCGCGAGGGCUCGUUCCGCGUGACGUCGUCCAGCCAGCAGGGUGGCGAGCGCGAUGACAUCAUGAAGCAGCUGCAGGACAAGAAGAAAGAGCCCCCGUGUACUAUCCCAGCCAUCCCCCCUGGCACCUCCUCACCCCCUGAGGGAGCGGCCUCGCCUGUGGGGCAGGGAGUGGAGCACGCAAUCCCGCGGCGCCACGCGCCCAUUGAGCAGCUGGUGCGGCAGGGCUCCUUCCGGGGCUUCCCGGCCCUCAGCGGGAAGAACUCGCCGUUCAAGAGGCAGCUCUCGCUGCGCCUCAACGACCUGCCUUCCAAUCUGCAGCGCAAGACCGCAGACUUCCAGAGCAAGAACCCAGUCCCAGAGAUGGAUCUGUCUGUGUGUGGCGAGGCAGACAGCAGCAUCAACGCUCUGUGCAGCCAGAUCAACCAUUCCUUCACCAGGCCCUCUGAGGAACUCUUCUCCAACCCCACCCCCAACGGCCUGCCAGCCUGCACUGUGCCCCCAGCCAUCCCCCCCCCCCCCGCCCCUCCCACAGCCACAUCCUCCUGGAUGCAGGCGGAGCCCCCGGUUCAGUCCCCUGUCCACAGUGGACACAGGAGGACACCCUCCGAGGCUGAGCGCUGGCUGGAGGAGGUGGCCCAGGCCGUCAAGGCCCAGCAACAGACCCCCAACCUGCCCCCACCACCCAUCCAGCCCACCCCUGUGGUGCCCAUAAUGGGGGCAUCCAUGCCAGGGGUACCUGGCUCCCUGCCCAUCAUGCAGCCUUUUCCCUUGGCGUUUGAUGCCACUCCCACGCCCGUGGCAUGUAUAACCAACCACCCGCAGCCAGCGUUUUGUACCCAUGAGGCCUACAUGCCCGCCCUGGCCAACAGCAUGGUGUUACUCCAACGCAGUGUGCCUGUGGUGGGCAUCACGCCUUCCCAGAUGGUGGCUAAUGUGUUUUGCACGGCAGGCGGCUCUACGGCGGGUUCCAUGGGCAUGGGCACAGGGCCCAAAAUGGGCACGCUCACCGGCGGGACCGCCACUCUUUCUCCGGCAGCCGGGCGGGUUCCCUAUGCCACCCUUCGGAGCUCAUCCACCGUCAACGGCCUCCCCCACCAUUCCACCUCCCCCGCCACCAUCAUGCAGAACGGCACCAGCAGCAGCUGGCCACCGGAGGGCGCACAGCAGGCCAACCCGCCGCCAGCAAAUGCCCAGGAGGUUGAUCGCUUCGAGGCAAAGUGGGCCGCGCUGGAGACCAAAUUGCAACCCAAGGCGGCGCCCAACCCUUUCUCCAAUGACUUGCAAAAGACCUUUGAGAUCGAGCUUUAACUCUGUAUUAACCCAGGUCGGGCCACUGCAUAGACUAUGAUGAUGCAGACACCCAACAACAAUGAACCACUCCACUCCCCCCCUCCAGCCCCCUGCCCCUAAAUGCUGUCGCUCCCCCUCUUCUUGAUUUUCUCCUCCUCUGUUGAGACCCCAGGAUGUAAAUUGGGUCUGAAUGCAGGGGGGACAUGAUGACUGUGUAUGGGGUUCCUCGCGAUGCAUUCCCUGGGAUUUCUAGCAAUCAUGUUCUGCGUGGGGAUCUGUGGAGGAGCCAGAGAAUAUGGAUACAUCACAUGACACUGAGAUGAGACACAGAGAGAUUAUGUUGAUGUUACCCAAGCACAGCAAAGGCCCUGGUUGACUAGCCAAUGACACGACUCGAUGGUGGAGACCCCAAAGGAGGCGUCGACCAAUAAGAGUGACAGACAGUUUGAUUGCCAAAAUGGUUAUAUUUAUGAUUUUUACUUAGCUUUUAACCGUUAUAGUUUUACAUUGUUGUUUCUCCCUGUAUUUAUUUUUGUGGAACCUGAAAGAGAAGGAAAAUAACUAGCAGCUGUAACUGUGUCAGCGGAGAGAGCAAAGAGAGGGAGUGAGUCAUGAAACGAGAGGUUGGAAACGAGUGUAAAUAGCAUGCUUUUUUCACCCUCUAUUUAUUACCAAUCCAUGUAUAACCGUCAAUUUGCUAUUCAACCCAAAUGAGUCACUGUUAGCUAAAUCACCAUGGUGAUCUCACCCCUCUGUCCCAGUGCCACUCCACCUGCAGGGCAGACACACUAGAACCCUAGAACAUUCUGGAAAGGGUCCAAAUAGUGCGGCACAUUCCAAGUUGGUUGGUUGAUUUGCAUUAUAUUCUAAAACAUGGUCACCCCCGUACGAGUGUAGUCAGUCAACACUAUAAGAGUCUAUUUGGAAGUGUUGAGCCUAAGAUUUAAGAGAUAUGAGAUGGGAGAGCUUCAGCACUUCGUAAGAUAAAGAGGGUAAGUUUGGGGUGAGUUAUGAUGUUGUUUUGUCACUGGGGCUGCGUUUGAAAUGGCACCUUAUUCCUGUAUAGGGCCUUGGGCAAAAGAUGUGCCUCCCAACAGGCACAGACGUCAAUUCCACGAUGGUUCAAAGCAAUUUCAUAGAAAUMACGUAUAUACAACGUUGAUUCAAUCGGUGUGUGCCCASUGGGCUGGGUCAAGCUGCCCUUCUGACAUAAAUGGACUACAGUCAGUUUGUAGAGGCUUCUGGAUCCAGGCUCUUGUCCUGAGGCCAAUGUGACGGGCAGAAGUUAUGGCACCUGCUGUGUGUGGUCUACCAGGCUGAGUAAAGAUGCCUAGAGGAAGUGAUGAGUCAUUUACCACUUUAAACAGACAGAGGAAGGCAUCCAUCUUUGUAGAGGGCAAACAAAGACAUGAAAGUGACACGGAUAGUCGGGGGGGAGAGAGAAAGAAAAGGAGAAGGUGAAAGAUAGACGGAGAGAACGAGGGCAUGUGAGAAUGAGUUUGAGGAUGUGGACUAUUGAAAGGCUGUGAUGAACUGAGAAAAGAUGAAAGAAGAAAGGGGUGGAUUAAUCAAAUACCAUACAGGCAAACGGUACGUUAAACAGACUGGUUGUUUCAUUCCUUUAAACUCCUUUCACUGCUCCCAAACAAAGGCACUUCUGUUAGAAUUAUAGUCACCAUGCAUUUAGAGCUCCAUAGAAACAAUACUUUACUGUUUGAUCGUAAUCUCAAAAGAGGCAAGCAUUUCCUUCCGUGACUUUAGUUUAAAACACACAAAGACAAUAAAUAUGCAGUAUACUAUAGCUACAACCCCAUAUUGGAAUUUUAGCCCACUUGGCAGGACUUCCAUUGGCAGGUCAAGACGGGGCAAACGCAUGUGCUUAGAUGAGAUGGUUUAUGCUAUUUGCCAUUAUACUGCUUUAUGUACGAUCCUGCCCCA